AUGUCUUCAGCAAUCGCUUCAGCAGCAGGUUCAGCAGCAGGUUCAGCUACUUCAGGUUUAGUUUCAGGAGCUUCAUCAGCCGUUCUAGGUGGUGGUUCUUCAUCUGGUGGUUCAGGUUCUUCAUCUGGUGGUUCUAGUGGUUCAUCAAGUGCUUCCAACUCUGGUUCAUCAUCAGGUUCAGGUUCAAGUUCUUCUUCUUCUUCUUCAAGCUCAGGUUCAAGUGCUGCAGAAGGUGUCUUUGUUGCUAACCCAAUCUCUUGGAAAUAUGGUUACUUGUAUGGUGGUAUUUUAGCUGCUGGUUUUGUCUUAACAGCUGGUGUAUUAUAG